UUCACCAGCCGAUAUCCGACGAAUUCCGUGUGACAACGGAUCAGCCCAAACUGCGCACGCGCCAUACCUAUCGUUAUCCCGCCAAUCCGAGUCUUCUCGAAAUCUUCGAUUGAUCGAUCCAUUGUUUGUAUCGAUGCCUCAGUGAAAUUUUGCGUUGUUGGAAAAUAAAAAUGGCGCUUUGUCGCGCGUCUCGUGUCAAGUUUCUUUCGUUGGAACGCAAAGUGUACGUACAAGGUAAAAGUGGAAGAAAUUAGUGUAAUCCCGAUAAGAGGUGGAAAGAUUGUGAGAAGAUAAACGGUUAGAAGUCGAUAAAUACAAGGAGAAUAUACGUAUGUAUGCACAAUAUUUAUAUCGAAAUAUUGGUUCGAAAGGAUUUCGAAAAGAUAUCGAUUCGUAAAUCAAUCGGCAUAAGAGAAUUUCUGUUUACGGAUCCUUAUUCGAGGAUUAAGUUUCAAUGUUGUUAGCCCGGGCUACUAUAUCAUUAUUGGAAUAUUAAUGGAUUUUGUUGGAUCGAUGUAAAAACAAUUUCGCGAUUUAAUAUAGAAGGAUAAUAUCGAAUACAGGAAGAUCGUACGAAUCGUGGUGGCAUCAAUUAUCUACUAUUCAGGACUAGCUGAACGGGACGCGGAAACCGUAUACUUGCGAACCGCCGGAGGUGCACCGUGAUUAUGUGACAGUUUUGUGAACGUGAUUAAAUUGACCUCGAUACAUAGUGGACAUCCGCGCUCAGUGCGUUCAGUUCCGAAGUGUUUUCGCUGCUUUUCAGUGAAUUUACCGUUUUCGAUAAUUUCAACGUAUCUAUAAAAAGAACUAUGGUUCGUGCCAAACCUGAUUAGAUCUCCAAGAAAUCUUCAUUCGUUGGAAGAAGAAAUAUUUAUAUUUUUUCUGUUUUAUCGAGGAAACGAUCGAUGGUCAGCGUGUACGGCGUGCAGCUUGCGUUUUAUCGUGGACAUCGUCGUAACGACACCAGGGGCUCUUUGGUGAUGUACGACAGCGCUAGCUGUUCGUACGCAGGUGCGCUCGAAUUAAAAGGAGCCUCCGGAGCCGGAGCCGCGGCCGCGGCAGCAGGAGUAACCGCGGCCGGCGUCAAACAGGAGAAUUGGCCGUAUCGCGGCCUCACCUGCGGUAGCACCUUCCAGAGGCUCAAGGAGAGCGUCGACAAGGCGAAACAAGCGCUCGCCGACCGCGGUGGAUAUCUCUCUGGUGCUUUCUCGCCGCCGCCACGUGCCAAUCCAUCCGCCAUUUCGCCGACCGCCUCCAUCACCGAUGCCAGCAGCUCGUACAAAGGAGGCUGGAGCCACGCCACGUCGCCGGCUCCUGGACAGGGGUACGGAAGCAGCUUAUCCAAAUCGGCAUUGGACACGCACACCCACCUCAGGCAGCCUGAUCCCUAUCAAAUGUUCGGAGCGACGAGCAGUCGGCUCGCGAGCUCCGGUUCCGGUCAGAUUCAGCUGUGGCAAUUUUUACUCGAGCUACUGUCGGAUUCGAGCAACGCCGCGUGCAUUACGUGGGAAGGAACCAACGGGGAAUUCAAGUUGACUGACCCCGACGAGGUGGCGAGACGUUGGGGCGAAAGGAAGUCCAAGCCUAAUAUGAAUUAUGACAAAUUGUCGAGGGCUUUAAGGUAUUACUACGACAAGAACAUCAUGACGAAGGUCCACGGGAAGAGGUACGCGUACAAGUUCGACUUCCAAGGUCUGGCGGCAGCGACGCAGCCCGCCGCCGCGGAUCCGGCCGCCUACAAGUACCAAAGCGAGCUGUUCAUGUCCGGUUACGGGCACGCCAAGUUAAACCUCAUGCCGCCACCGGCCGCCUCCGUCUCGGUCUCCGUUCCAGGUGGCCUUUUCCAAUCUGCCUCCAGCUACUGGUCCACGAGCCCGGGCGCAAACCUGUACGCGGGCCACCACACGGCCUCCGGCCAUGUGCCGCCUCAUCUGGGCACCUAUCCGCAUUACGCAUGACCCACCGCCGAGCACUGGAGCGCCCUGGGUACGCCACGUUAACAACUUUCUACUCGAGGGAAUUUAACCGACCGCCGCCAUCGCGGUCUACGUGCGCCGCCGUCGGCCGGUGUCGACCACACCUACGCGUUUUUCCACAGUCUCUUCCUAGUCUUCGUCCUUCUCCGUAACAAUCGUUUUAUCUGUCCUCUUGCGAUUUUUUUUUUUUUAAUUAUUUUUUCUUUCUUUUUUUAUUUUAGGGAGGGGGAGAGGAUUCGUUCGUCGUAGGAAUUGUUUCGUUAAAUGGUAUUGAUUGAAGAUAGGUUUUUUUUUUUUUAAUAGUGUUAAAUUAUAUGAAGUAAGAAAAAGUGAAUACGCGUCAUUGGAUUGGAUUCGAUAUUUCCGAAAAAAUUGAUUCCGUUUGUUCGUCGAAACGUGGAUGUAGAAGUGAAUUCGUUGUUAUGGGAUGAGCGGUUAGUACCGGUGAGGGAUGGAAUAAUGGAUACCUUUUUCUUAUUUUCUCUGUUCAAAGGCAAGAUUAUUAUCGUAUGAGUCGUAUUGGAACAGAACCCAUUCUAGAAUCGAAACCGAGAUAAAUAGCAUUUUUCAAGAAAACUUUUUAACUCGGUAGUAUUUAAUAAUAAUAAUAGCUAUUUAAGAUACACAAUUACACCGAUACAUAUCCAAUUUUAAAUAUUAAACCUUCUCCUCUCUUUCUUUCUUUUUUCUUUUUUUUUUUUUUUUUUUCAAUCUCACUGUAUCGUGAUCUGUACUACUGCAUCAUCCAUUAUUAUUAAAAGAAAAAUCAAAACGAAAUCCCUAACGAAAUCCUUGUCGAUUUUUAUUUAUUUAUUUAUUUAUUAUUUUUUUUUUCAGAAGAACUAAAAAAAUAAACUUUUAAUCUUCGUUAACGAAUUAUCCAUUGUAUCAUAUAAUUAUUGUAAAUAAGUUAUCUAUAUAUUUGUAAAAGUGUCGCGAUCAAAAAUCAUGAAGUUAUACAAAGAACAAUUAAUAAAGAUCCUUUCCGUUUAUAAGGAUAUUAUUAAGUAGGCGAUGUUUUAAAUCGUAUGAAAUGUAAUCCUUUACCUUUAACAUCGUUGGUGACCAUUCGUGGACAGAUUAAACGAUCCAAAAGU